GCUCCUCUCCCGCUGGCGGAGUCGCCCACCGCGGCCAGCCCAGCUGGGGGCACCUGCCCAGGCCGUGGGCGCAGGUGUGGGAGGCACUGCUGACCCUGAUCUUCUUCCCGGUGUGCGUGGUGUUCGCCUGGAUGGCCGACAAGCGGCUGCUGUUCUACAAGUACGUUUACAAGCGCUACCGCACUGACCCGCGCAGCGGCAUCAUCAUUGGCGCUGAGGGCGACCCGCCCAAGAGCAUCGAGCUGGACGGCACGUUUGUGGGCAGCGAGGCACCAGGCGAGCUGGGCGGCCUGGGCCCGGGCCCUGCCGAGGCCCGCGAGCUGGACGCCAGCCGCCGCGAGGUCAUCCAGAUCCUCAAGGACCUCAAACAGAAGCACCCAGACAAGGACCUGGAGCAGCUGGUGGGCAUCGCCAACUACUACGCGCUACUGCACCAGCAGAAGAGCCGCGCCUUCUACCGCAUCCAGGCCACGCGGCUGAUGACCGGCGCGGGCAAUGUGCUGCGGCGACACGCGGCCGACGCCUCACGCAGAGCCACCCCUGCUGAUGGCCCUGGAGAGGAUGAGGAUGACGGUGCCAGCCGCAUCUUCUUCGAGCCCAGCCUGUACCACUGCCUGGAGAACUGCGGCUCCGUGCUGCUGUCGGUCACCUGCCAGGGUGGCGAGGGCAACAGCACCUUCUACGUGGACUACCGCACGGAGGACGGCUCAGCCAAGGCGGGCUCCGACUACGAGUACAGCGAGGGCACGCUGGUGUUCAAGCCAGGCGAGACGCAGAAGGAGCUGCGCAUCGGCAUCAUCGACGACGACAUCUUCGAGGAGGACGAACACUUCUUCGUGCGGCUGCUGAACCUGCGCGUGGGCGACGCGCAGGGCAUGUUCGAGCCUGACGGUGGGGGGCGGCCCAAGGGGCGACUAGUGUCGCCGCUGCUGGCCACCGUCACCAUCCUGGACGACGACCACGCGGGCAUCUUCUCCUUCCAGGACCGCCUGCUGCACGUGAGCGAGUGCAUGGGCACCGUGGACGUGCGCGUCGUGCGCAGCUCUGGCGCGCGUGGCACUGUGCGCCUCCCCUACCGCACAGUGGACGGCACGGCGCGUGGCGGCGGCGUGCACUAUGAGGACGCCUGCGGCGAACUUGAGUUCGGCGACGAUGAGACUAUGAAGACCCUGCAGGUGAAGAUCGUGGACGACGAAGAGUACGAGAAGAAGGACAACUUCUUCAUCGAGCUGGGCCAGCCCCAGUGGCUUAAGCGAGGGAUUUCAGCUCUGCUACUCAACCAAGGGGAUGGGGACAGGAAGCUGACAGCCGAGGAGGAGGAGGCCCGGAGGAUUGCGGAGAUGGGCAAGCCAGUGCUGGGGGAGAACUGCCGGCUGGAGGUCAUCAUCGAGGAGUCCUACGACUUCAAGAACACAGUGGAUAAACUCAUCAAGAAGACAAACCUGGCCUUGGUGAUUGGGACCCACUCCUGGAGGGAGCAGUUUUUGGAGGCCGUCACAGUGAGCGCAGGGGACGAGGAGGAGGAAGAGGACGGGUCCCGGGAGGAGCGGCUGCCCUCCUGCUUCGACUACGUCAUGCACUUCCUGACGGUGUUCUGGAAGGUGCUCUUCGCCUGCGUGCCCCCCACCGAGUACUGCCACGGCUGGGCCUGCUUCGGCGUCUGCAUCCUGGUCAUCGGCGUGCUCACCGCGCUCAUCGGCGACCUGGCCUCGCACUUUGGCUGCACUGUGGGCCUCAAGGACUCUGUCAAUGCCGUGGUCUUCGUGGCCCUGGGCACCUCCAUCCCUGACACCUUCGCCAGCAAGGUGGCGGCGCUGCAGGACCAGUGUGCGGACGCGUCCAUCGGCAACGUGACGGGCUCCAACGCCGUGAACGUCUUCCUGGGCCUGGGCGUGGCCUGGUCGGUGGCCGCCGUGUACUGGGCGGUGCAGGGCCGCCCCUUCGAGGUGCGCACGGGCACGCUGGCCUUCUCCGUCACGCUCUUCACCGUUUUCGCCUUCGUGGGCAUCGCCGUGCUGCUCUACCGGCGCCGGCCGCACAUCGGCGGCGAGCUGGGCGGCCCGCGCGGACCCAAGCUCGCCACCACCGCGCUCUUCCUGGGCCUCUGGUUCCUCUACAUCCUCUUCGCCAGCCUCGAGGCUUACUGCCACAUCCGGGGUUUCUAGGGCCCUGCCUCCGCGGGACUCGGCUGCACCUGCUCUCGGACCCUCGGUCUCGUUCUCCAGACUCAGCUUGAACGCUGGGACUCAGCUCCUUCCUCCGCCAAGACAGGGCCGCCGCCUCCUGGGUUUCAGCUUCCCUUUUCCUGGGAUCCCAUUGCCCCCUGUCCUUUGUCCCCAGUGACUCAGGCCCCCCACCCCCCGAGUUCCCCUGCCUCCUCUGAGGAAAACCUCUGUUGUUACCCUAACUCCAGCCCACCCUGGUUGCUUACAUCCCCGGGGAAACGUCCACCUCGAGGCCCCUCCCAUAGAACCACCCCAGCGACCAUUCCUCCAGAGAGCCCAGCGUCUCUUCCUCCCAGACGCCCAGCCUAACUGUCCCAUAGUCUCCCUUCCCCCAACGACACCCCCCUUCAGUGCCCAGAACUUGCCCUUCCCGGGAAGCCUUGGCGGUGCGGGUCCAUCCCAGGAGGCCAGAGCGCAGCCCUUCCCCAGCCCUCAGGGAGCCCAGUCGGCCCAAGGGGGCAGGUGGGUGGGUGUGCUAGGGGGUUCCUCCCCGGGGCUGCGGGAGGACACUGACCCCGAGCCGGGGAGGGAGGGAGAAGCCUGGUUUCCUCCCAAGGCUCCGGCUGGAGGAGGCACGACUCAACCCGCAACUUCUCACAUUCCAGCGCCCUACUUGCCCUCCACUACCUCUGGGAGCCCAGCCACGCCUUGGAGGGAGGGGCCUGUGUGUGUAUAUAGUGUGUUUGGGGGAGGGGGGACUCGGGAGGGUGCAUGUCUUGGGAAAGGGGUGACAGGCUUUCUGUUUCAGAGGGCAGCAGACUCCCUCAGCCUUGAGAUCCGGCUUUGGGAAGGAGACUGGGGGUCAAAGGGAUUCCAGCCCAUCUCCCCUGACAAUCUAGAAGGUUCAUUUUGCCCUCAGUGCCAGCCAAUUUGGGCAGGACCCUCGAAGAGGACCGAGGGUCCCAGAGGACCAAUGCUACAAGCCAGCAAAUGCUGC